CAAUCCUCACUUGAUUGGUUGCACAGCAUGCAUGUGACACCCGUAGUCAAUGCCCACAGGUACUUUUCCUAAAGAGAAAAGUAAAAGAAAGAAAGAAAAAGAAAAGAAAAGAACGGUUCGCGGACGGACGGGAGCUCCUUAAAAGAGCCGGCUCUUUGAACCGGUUCGUUCACGACCGACACAUCACUAAUCCAGCGGAAGUAAACAAACACUACAGCUGUUAGCAGUGUUAGCUCUGUGCACGCCAAGUUAUUGAAUAAAGUGGAAGACGGUAUUGUAGCGGUGACACAGUCAAUUAUUUCAUUCGUAAUUAAGCAACAAUGUCUUCAGUUGAGUGUUUGAGAGAGUUUGUCAACGAGCGACUAAAUGCUGCUGCUGAAGAAAUAUUUGGCGUUUUUAUAAAAACUAUCGUCGAGUACGAAGAAGAGAUCUAUCGUCAGCGCAAACUGCUGGAUAUCGUUUGGAAACCUGAAAUAAAGUUACACAGGAUAGAUCUCCAACAGCAACAUGUCUGUGAGGAGGAAGAGGAGGAGGUUCUCACUGACCAGCAGCUCUGUAACCAGGAGAGGAGCUCCAGUCUGGACCAAGAGGACCCAGAGCCUGUACAGAUUAAAGAGGAACAGGAGGAACUCUGCACCAGUCAGGAGGGAGAGGAGCUUGUGAUGAAGGUGGAGGCUGAUACCUUUGUGGUGACUCCUACUGAUGAGGAAAGGGACCACAGUGAAGCAGAACCUGAAAGUGACCACCAGCUGCUGUUGAACAACUUUAAUGCAGCUGAGAGCCAAGAUCAGAAAGGAUACAAGAAUGAAGACUCUACUCGAGAUGCAGAGUCAGAACAAAACAAUCAGCAGUAUGAAAACAAAAGUCACAGUGACCUUGUCAACAACCCUAACUCAUCAGGGGCUGACAGUAAUAUUCACAAACAGUCUUUUAAAUGUAAUACUUGUGGAAAGGAUUAUAAGUGUAAGUCAUCACUUCUGAACCACAUGAAAAUACACACAGGUGGGAAGCCGUACCUUUGCAAAACCUGCGGGAAAAGAUUUUGUAGGAUUCAUUCAUUGAAAAUACAUCAAAGCAUUCACACAGGUGAGAAGCCAUAUAUUUGCACAACAUGUGGGAAAAGAUUUCGUAGAAUUGAUUCAUUGACAAUGCAUCAAAGAGUUCACACAGGUGAGAAGCCGUAUAUUUGCACAACAUGUGAGAAAGCUUUCAGGCAGAGUAGUACCUUGAAUACCCACAUUAGACAUGUCCACAAUAAUGAGAAGCCAUGCCUUUGCAAGAUCUGUGGGAAAAGAUUCAGUGAAGUGUCAACAUUGAAAAAGCAUCAGAGCAUACACACAGGUGAGAAGCCGUACCUUUGCAAAACCUGCGGAAAAAGAUUUUGUAGAAUUGAUUCAUUGAACCAGCAUCAGAGAGUUCACACAGGAGAGAAGCCAUAUUUUUGUACAAUAUGUGGGAAAGCUUUCACACAGGGAUCUCAUCUGAACGUCCACAUUAGAUGCGUCCACAAUAAUGAGAAGCCAUGCCUUUGCAAGAUCUGUGGGAAAAGCUUCAGUAAAGUGUCAACAUUGAAAAAGCAUCAGACAAUCCACAAUGGUGAGAAGUCAUAUGCCUGCAACAUGUGAGAAAAGGUUCGCUGUUCUGACACACUUGAAAAAACAUGCAGCAACACACAGAGAUGAGAGGCCAUACACUGCAACAUGUGUAAGAAAACAUUCUGCGCCACAUUUGACUUGAAAGAGCACAUCAAAAUCCAUACAGGUUAAUAGCUGUUAACUCACAAAUCAUGUGACCUUACAGUCAAUGAGAGGAGCCAACACUGGUGAGAGACCUUUGCAAUGUUUGUUCGUGGUCAGAACUGAAGAACUCACUGACUGUAUUGUAUGACCAUAUGAGAAGUCCUAUUGUAUAUAAAUGUUCUUUAGUUUUGCUGUUUUAUACUGUUCACUACUUCACUGUGCCUGAUUUAUAGCUGAAUUAGCAAACAGAAUUAUCAGAAUUUGUGAAAUGUUUUUUUCUACAUAAUAUGUACGUUUGUGUAUAUAUAUACACACACAGACACAGACAUAUUGAAAUAAAUGUUUACAAAGUCUAAAUGUUGUGCACUUUUUGGAGUACUGCUAAUAUACAGCUCUGUGAUCAACACUGCUUGCUAAAGUUCUGAAGUUUCACGAUGUAGAA